AUGGACACUCUCAGCAAGAACGCUGGACACGACUUCCUGGUCUACAUCCAGCACAAAGGCAUGGAAGUCAUGACCGAAACCGAACUCCGGAAGUACCUUGCGGAGAAUCCCGAUCUCGCCGUCAUCCCCAAGGACCUCCCACGCGGCAGCUUCAGCAUCCACAUCACGUUCGAAGACACCCUUACUCAGGAGGAACGCGCCGAGCAUCCCGGGCUCCCGAAUAUGAAAUCGUCGCUGGCGGGCGGAACAUUGCCGCCAAAGGUCUUCUUCAAGCGCUUGCUGUUCAACCAGUUCAAAGAUCUCUACGUCUUGUCUCCGCGCAAGUCCAGGGUAUCCGUGAUCGUGGACGAGGACGAGGAGGGGAAGGAGGAGAAGGCGUAA